AUGGAGGAUUUGUGCGCCAAAUUCGUGUCGCAGAAGCUGAGCAAGGAAAACAAGAUUUCCAUUUGGUCUGUUGGAGAUGCUGAAAGUGUGUCCCCCAAUGGGGAAUAUCAAGGAGAACCACAGUUGUUAUGUGAUAUCAGACACUAUGGUGAUGUUAUGGAUAUGCAGUUUUUGGAUCAAGAGAGAAUUGUAGCUGCUUCAUCAACUGGAAGCGUAACUAUAUUCCGUCACCAUCAAAAUAACCAGACUUUAUCAGUAUCCCAAAAAUGGGAGAGGGCCCAUUGCCAUGUGGAUUCAGAUACAUCUACCUGUGGUAGUGCAUCAUGUACAGGGAUCAUUUGCAAGAACCCAGAAAUCGUUACUGUUGGAGAAGAUGGCAGAAUAAAUCUCUUUAGAUCUGACCACAAACAAGCUGUGAGAACUAUAGACAAUGCAGACAGCAGCACACUCCAUGCAGUGACUCUUCUUCGUACGACUGAAAUUUUGACAGUAAAUUCAAUUGGACAGUUGAAAAUAUGGGACUUCAGACAGCAAAGAAAUGAGCCAUCUCAAAUAUUUUCCUUGACAGGGGACAGAGUACCAUUACACUGUGUCGACAGACAUCCUAACCAACAACAUAUUGUAGCUACGGGCGGCCAAGAUGGAAUGUUGAGUAUUUGGGAUGUCAGACAAGGCAGCAUGCCAGUGUCAUUGCUAAAUGCUCAUGAUGCAGAAAUGUGGGAAGUUCACUUCCAUCCUUCAAACCCAGAUCACUUAUUUACUUGUUCUGAAGAUGGAUCUCUUUGGCACUGGGAUACAUCUGUGGAGGUAUCUGAAAAACCAUCUUUUCUCCAUCAAGGUGGAAGAAGUACAUUUCUGUCGCAUAGUGCCGUUAACCAGCCUAAUGUUAAUCAGUCUGUAGUGAGUGCCUGGCUAAGCAAUGAUCCUACCAAAGACCGCAUGGAGAUCACUAAUGUAAUUCCAAAUCCAACUUUAUCUGUUAACAGUGUGGAUGUCUUAGGACCAUGUCUAGUAUGUGGUACUGAUGCGGAAGCUAUUUAUGUCAAGAGGCAACUUUUUGCUUGAAUAUACUUCAGAGGAACACCUGAGCAGUUUGCAUGCCUCAAGAACUCCUCGGGAGAGGUCCUCAGGAUUCCAGUUUAAUUUUAGAAUGAAAUGUGUUACUCUGUUAACAGUGUUUUGUACUGAGACCUAUAAUGUGGCCCUAGUAUUGCAGAGAGAGCGCAAGUUAGCUAAUAGACUUCUGAGAGCUGUUCCACUACCCUCAAUGCUUAUGCAUAAAUUUAAAUGGGAUGGCAGCUAGCUUGUUAUUUAAGUGUGCCCUCCUUUCUUUUUUUUUUUCCUUCCUCCACUGCCUGACUUUAUUUGGCAGACUGGAAGCCAGUCAGCCAGGAAAGAGAUUUAAGUUAAUACACGAGGGUCCUGUUAAGUGAAAAAUACUUUUACAUUUUAAUAUUAGCACAAAGUGUUGUUAAGGGCCAAAACUAACAGUCUGUUUCUUUUUGUUUUUUUAAGAGAGAUGAUGCUUUUCAAAUGUGAGAUUUUUAUUUAAAUAAUCUUAUGCAGUACUAGAAACCCUAUUCUUAAGCUGGUGCGUGAGAGCUGAAGUAUUCAUGUUCAGUGAAAUGCAAAAUGACAAAUAGCUUGCACAAGUAAGCUGUUAUAAGAGUUCUAAAUAUGAUGAAACUGUAUUGAUUUAAAAUAAUGCUGGUGGUCUUUGCAAGGACACAUUUAAAACCCACCUUUCAUGAUGUGCCUGUACCUGCUAUGCUUCUGUAAAUUCAUGGAAGCCAGACCUCUGACCAUUACUAUUCUGUAUAAGGAAAAAAUCACCUGUAAAACAGGCUUAGGGGUUUUUUUUGUCAAAAUCAUGGAAGGCUAAGUCUAAAUGAUGCCAAACAGCAAUUGAAGAGCUUUCUGAUUUGGCUUUUUUCCUGGUGUUAUGUUGCAAGCUUUUGUUGCAAGGAAUCCUUUAAUGUUUUU